AUGGAAGAAAAUACUCAAAUAGAACCCGUAGUUACUGACUUAUUUCAAGAAGAAUCCACAAGAGAAGUUACAAUUUCUACCGGUGGGCUAUUAGCAGAAAAUCUAGUGCCUGAAGGUGGUAAAGUAGUUUUAGGACAUAAGGUAAGGCAUCAAGUAGCAGUACCUCUAAAUUAUGCAUACACACCUAUCUCUCAACACGUAAGACCAAGCACACCAGCUCGAACAUACCCAUUCAAACUCGAUCCAUUUCAAGAGUAUGCAAUUUCUUGUAUAGAGCGCUCAGAAUCCGUUCUAGUGAGUGCCCAUACUUCUGCGGGUAAAACAGUAGUAGCAGAGUAUGCCAUUGCUCAAAGUUUAAAUAAUAAACAAAGAGUAAUAUACACUAGUCCAAUCAAAGUAAGCUAUGAAGAAUGA